AUGGCGACGACGGCUGUGCGACAUAUUCUGCCUUAUACGGGCAGAUCGUCUAGUGGCUCCAUUUUUCGUCGACAGGAUUACCACGAAGCGAGUGCGUAUAUUCAAGCUCAGUUUGAAGCGAAGAAUAAAUCGGCGAACAAGGAGAUCUAUUGCCAUAUGACGUGCGCCACGGACACCACCAAUAUCCAGUUCGUCUUCGAUGCAGUCACCGAUGUCAUCAUUGCCAAUAACUUAAGGGGUUGUGGUCUCUACUAG